AUGGGCGUCCCCACCUUCUACAGGUACGUGCACGAUCGCUGGCCGCGAUGCCUCUCGGACUGCGCCGAGCCGUUUGACGCGCUCUACCUCGACUUCAACGGGCUCGUGCACAAUGCGACGCACCCGCAGGACCGCCCGGCGCCGGCAACGCGCGCCGCGAUGAUGCUCGAGAUCUUCCGGCUCGUCGACCGCUUGGUUGCGGUGGCGAGGCCACGCCGGCUGCUGUACAUUGCGGUGGACGGCGUCGCGCCCCGUGCAAAGAUGGACCAGCAGCGCUCGCGCCGUUUCCUCACGGCGGAGGAGAGGCGCGUCGCCGCAGUCCCGGUCAGCGAGGAGGCGGCGGCGGCGGCGGAAGCGGCGGAGCCGGGCAGCGGCGGCGCAGCUUGCAGCUUUGACCACAACGCAAUCACUCCCGGCAGCGCCUUCAUGGCAGAUCUGCGCCAUAGCCUGCGCUACUACUGCGCCUCGCGCGCCGCCUCGAGCCCCGCGUGGAGGCGGCUCGAGGUGGUCCUCUCCGACUCCGCCGUCGCUGGAGAGGGCGAGCACAAGAUAAUGGACUUCAUCCGGCAGCAGCGCCGCCAGCCCGGCUACGCGCCCGACACGAGCCACUGCAUCUACGGCCUCGACGCCGACCUCGUGAUGCUCUCCCUCGCCACGCACGAGCUGCGCGUCCACCUGCUGCGUGAGUGGGUC